AUGAAGAACUCUCAUCAACCAACCUCUUGCUUGUUCCCCUUGUUUCUUCUAACACUUUUUCUUUCUGUUUCAAGGGGAGCACUUGAGAUCACGCCUGACGGCGGAGAUUUCAUUAGUUGUGUUGAGUCAACCUCUGAUAACUUUACGGCUUUUUCUCAACUCAUUUAUACCCCAGUUAACUCUUCUUUCUUACCCAUUUGGGAAGCUAGAUUCAGAGACCUUAGAUUAAUCAAUAAAUCCUCCACUCCUAAACCGUCAAUCAUUGUGACUCCGGACAACGAAAUCCAGGUCCGAACGACUCUUUUAUGUAGCAAGAGAUACGGAUACGAGCUGAGAAUCAGGUCCGGAGGCCAUGACUUUGAGGGCCUUUCGUCCAUUGCUGAUGUUCCAUUUGUCAUGCUUGAUCUCAACAAAAUGAGAUCUGUAGACGUUAAUGUUGGAAAGAAAACCGCAUGGGUUGAAGGUGGCGCGGUGCUUGGUGAAGUCUACUACGCUAUUAGUAACAAGACCAAUAACUUGUAUUUGGCCGCCGGUAUCUGCUCUACGAUUGGUGUUGGAGGGUACUUAAGUGGAGGUGGUUACGGAUACCUUAUAAGAAAAUAUGGUACUGGGGCUGAUAAUGUACUUGAUAUUCGAUUUAUGAACGUUGAUGGUGUUAUUCUAAAUAAGAAGUCCAUGGGCGAAGAUCUGUUUUGGGCGAUUCGUGGUGGUGGUGCUUCCAGCUUUGGAAUAGUUCUGGCAUGGAAACUAAGGUUAGUUCCCGUGCCAGAAUUAGUAACUGUUUUCUCAGUGAAUAAAACUUUAGAAGAAGGAGCAACGGAGAUUGUACAUAAGUUUCAAUAUGCUAUACCAAACGGUGAUAGAAAUCUAAGCAUAAGAGUUGGAAUGAUUAACACCUUUAUUGGCAACACUACCAUGCAAACAAUAACUGUUAUGUUUCAAGGGCUCUAUCUUGGCAGAAUUGACACGUUGCUUCCCUUGAUGCACCAAACGCUCCCAGAGCUUAACCUCACACGAGAGCAUUGCGAAGAAAUGACAAUGGCCCAAUCAUCAAUUGUAUUUAACGGCUUACCAAGCGACACCCCACUAGAGUUUCUUCGAUCCCGUGUGACCACACUCACGAGGAGUACUAAAAGCAAGCUAGACUAUGUACGAACACCUAUUCCCAUACACGGGCUCAAUAAAAUCUGGACAAAGUUUUUUGAAAAUGAAGUUGGAACGGGGAUUCUGUUCAUGCACCCUUUUGGUGGAAGGAAUGACAAGAUUUCAGAGACUGCAAUUCCAUAUCCUCAUAGAGCCGGGGUGUUAUACCAGUUUCACCAAUUAAUCAGUUUUUCAGAUCAAGCAUCAGAUACGACGCCAGCAUCACUUCGGCGUAUAAACUGGUUAAGAUCCUUCAAUGAUUUUAUAGCACCUUAUGUGUCAAGGAACCCAAGGGAGGCGUAUCUCAACUACAAUGAUCUUGAUUUUGGUUUUGAAGCUGGCUCUUAUGAACAGGCAAGCGCUUGGGGGGAGAGAUACUGGAAGAGACACAACUUUAAGAAAUUGAUUGAUAUCAAAGCCAAAACUGAUCCAGAGAAUUUCUUUAAACAUCCACAAAGCAUACCGGUUUUCCCAAAAUAUUGA